UUUAUUACACGAAAUAGAUAUCGCGUAUAGGGACUUUUCUCGACUCGGGUCAAGUUCGGUUUCUAGUAAACCCUAGAAUCGAAUUUUGCGAAACCCCUUGGUGGAAAGGAAACAAAAAACCCAUAGCCAUUGAUUGAUAUUUGUUCAUCCAUCGAGCUCAAGCGUUCUUCGUUGAUGGCUACACCAUUGAUUACAGGAAUUGCUGUUGCUGCUGCAGCUUACGCUGGUAGAUAUGGUAUUCAAGCUUGGCAGGCAUUCAAGAUGAGGCCACCGACGGUUCGAUUACGCAAGUUCUAUGAAGGCGGUUUUCAGCCUACAAUGACUAGGAGGGAGGCAGCUUUGAUUCUUGGAAUUAGGGAGAGUACUCCAACAGACAAGGUGAAAGAAGCACACAGGAAGGUGAUGGUUGCAAAUCAUCCAGAUGCGGGUGGUAGCCAUUAUCUUGCUUCCAAAAUCAAUGAGGCGAAAGACAUCCUGCUUGGGAAAACCAGAGGAAGCAAUUCUGCAUUUUGAUGGUUGCUGCUCCCACUUAUUUGUUCACUUAGCAUAGCAUAUCUCAACAAAACGCGGAGGGAUCUCCAUUUUUCUAGAUUACCUGGUGUGUCAAAAUUUUGACCUUACAUAAAUUUACUCGUGUCCUGAUUGAUUCAUGGGGUUUUUAUUUGUAUACUUCAUACUCUGGAUUUAUUGAUAACAAUGAGAAAGCCUAGUUUCUGUGAUCACUUGCUAUUGCAAUAAUAAUUUCUGGGUACUCUCCCUAGAAAUUCUGUGAA